AUGGAAAGAGGGGACAAGGAUCGAAGGUCAUCGAUACUCAAGCCACAUCAUCCCCCGAACGUUGAAAAUGGUGAGUUGUCAACGACAAUAACGGCCACGGUAAAAAGACGUGUCAGCUUUCAUACCGUUCGGACUGUUCAAGAAUUUGACGUGGAACACAGUCAGAUUGUACAUUCUCCUCAUAACGAACCUAUGAAGUUGUACGAUACGACAAGUUCGGAUGGUUUAACUUCGGAGCAAAUGUCUGCUUCUGAAUCAAAUGACGGAUAUACAGCAGAAAUGAAUAUAAACAAACUUAGCCACACAGUAGAGAAUUUCAUCCCCAUUACUACAUCUACACCACUUCUUCGCUUAGGAGGUCUGGAUGAUUUAAGCGAUAAUUCGACUCGUGGAGAUGGAGAUAUUUGCGAUGAUGCUGGAUACUGUCACUCAACAGAGUCUCAUAACGGCACACGAAAAGAAGAAACAACUAUUGCAGUGAACCACAUUUCGAAAGAAAUGAUUCAGAAUCAGAAACUGGAUGUUUUGGAAGUAGAAUCGAUGGAUAUGAGUGAUUCAAGUAAUUCUCCAAUAACGUCUGAUGCUACCAGAAAACUCUUCAGACCAUCAACCAUCCACGGACAUUUUAUGACAAGUCCAAAUCUACAAUCAGAUAUGAACGAUGAAACCUUUGCAUCAAAUGCAACACGAUUGAUUUUCAAAGCUGACGGAAACAGUAAACUUGGAAGUGAAGCUACAAAUAAGGAAUUGAAAAUAGAUGUUGAAAAAAUAUCUGUGAUCUCUCCAUAUGCAGGCACUGCUGACAUGGAUAUUUCUUCUGAUGAUGGUCAGAUAUUCGAGGUACCAAUGGAUGCUUCUUUCAAACAACAAUCGGUUACAUCUAACAUCGCCGAUGAACCAACAAAUGUUUUAUUCGGAACUAAUGUGGAAAAAGAUACAGAAGUAUCAAAUCAUAAAGAGGAUUCAAAAAACAUUGCUAUAAUUGAUGACAUUCAUAUUUCAGACAAUGCUUCUUCAAAUAUGGAAUCAGUAGCUCAUCAAGGCAGUGUUGCAUGUGAUCUAACGAUGAAGUCUAUUAAUAGUACUGAGAAAAUUACAAAUUUUGCAGAUGAUAUUACUUUUGAACUUUCUUCACAACUUGAUCGCCAGCACAUAUCCAAUGAAUUUCUUUCAUUGGUUCGUAAGACAUCACUUGAUUCACCUGUUGCUCUGCCAAGGAAGAAAAUUCGUUUAUUUAGUCCAAAAAUUAUCCUUCCGCCGAAAACAAACACGUUACUAGUUGGGUCACCAAGAGUUUCUACUGUGAAGGCUGCUUCGAUCCUUAUCGAUAAAGCGGAUCCAGCAAAUACUCCUGGAAAUACAACGAACAUUGAUAAGUCUACUGACAAGGUUUUAACUGAAAUCAAACAUCGAUUACGUAAUAGCUUAAAUCACUCUGGAGUAUUCACUUUAUCUGAACUUUCUGCUGAUGCCACUAAUAAUGUCGAUAUGUUGUACGAUAUCCCCAUGCCGGGACCGUUAUUUCAUUCGAAUGAACUCGGAAGCCAAGAAUCCUUCAAUAACGAACUACACACGGCUCUUGAGCAGUCCUACAUUGAAUCGUCUUCACUAUCUUCGCAUCGCUCUGAAAUUGUCACAGCAGCUUUGGGGAAUGAGUCAAGCUUCCUGACGAAUCGUGUUGAUACUGUGGGAUUCAAUAUCAAUUUUCGAACAAUACCGUGUUUACGAAUUAAGAUAAAUGAGCAACCGCAAAUUAUGGAACUUAAGCAGCUGAUAACUACAAAUUUACGUAAACGUAUUGCUGAAGUUGUCGAUAGAUGUAAAGGUCUAAUUAACGUACAGCUUCCGAAUUGUAACAACAAGAAAAUCGCUGAUUGUAUAAGAACGUUAAAUCCUAGAAAACUAUCAAAAAAAGAAGCUAAUUGGUUUGAUGUGUGUUAUCUAAUGGCGCAACGUGAGUGGUUCAUGUUAAGAGCUAAGUUGGCCAUGCUGACGAGUGAGAAGUUAGAUGAAUUGCUACUUGAGACGAAAGCUGAGUCAGAGCAGAAAAAACAGUUGACACAGUCUGUGAGGGAUUGUGAACAAAGUUGUGACGAAGUAAUGCGACGUUAUACUCAUCUGAAAUCAUUAGAUGAAGUUGUGGAUAGUGAGUUGCGAAGUGAAAUGAAAUUUGACGAGUUAAAACAUGCAAAGCGUGUUGGGCAUCUAGAAAUUGCACAGAAGAAAUUGGAACUUACGAAGAAGCAAAGUGCGCGACUAGAAGUUUUGUUAAAAGAAUAUGAUAAAACUAAAUCUGCAAUGGAAGCACAGAUGGCAAAGAAAGCUGCACAGCGAAUGGAAUUUUUACGAAAAUAUGACGAAGAUGUGACUGAAUAUCGAGAAUUUUUGUCUGAAAAGGAAUAA